CCGUUUGAAUUCCCGUAAGCCGGUUCUUUGGUUCGCGAAGUCUCGCGAUACUGUGACGCAACUCAAAUUUGUGUGGCUCUCGGAGAGGCCGCGUCCCGGCGCUCGCCUCCGCGUGAUUUAAGCAAACGGCACGAUGAACAGCAAAACCCCAGCAGGUGAAGACCCCAAGAAGUUGGAGAGGACGGGGCGAGUGCGGGAGAUUGGCUCCCAGGCUGUGUGGUCGCUCUCCUCCUGCAAGCCUGGAUUUGGCGUGGAUCAACUGAGGGAUGACAACCUGGAGACGUACUGGCAGUCGGAUGGCUCCCAGCCGCACCUGGUCAACAUCCAGUUCAGGAGGAAAACGACAGUGAAGAUGGUGUGCAUAUACGCGGACUACAAGGCUGACGAGAGCUACACGCCCAGCCGCAUAUCCAUCCGCGUCGGCAAUAACUUCCAUGACCUCCAGGAUGUACAGGCAGUUGACGGCCUGCUGUGAAAUGGAGUAUUCAAGAUCCACACUGCUUUAGAUGGUGAGCAUGGUAAUUUAUUGCCGAAGUGAAUGCGAUACUCGGCCUCGAAGCUUCUUGCGAUAAUGUCAACAAAAUCCUGUGAAUUGUGUUCAAAUGAGCAAAGUAAUAAUUUAAAUAUUGAAUGAAGCAGUUUUAGUUUGGCCAUGCAAAGGAAAAUUAUGCUUGGCAUGAAAUGUAAUACUUUAAGAGUGUUUGUAUUGGCUGUUUACUAUCCGAUGAAGCCAUAAAAAAAAAUCGCCACCACAAAGUGUGUGAUACAGAACUUUUGCACGGGCAAAAGUGGUAAAAAAAUGUACUCUGCAAGAUGUAUCACUUUCAUUUUCUAAAUAAUUUUCCUGCACAGACACAUUCUUAGGUUCCCUAAAGAGCUUUGUUUAUUGUUUCAAUAACCUUGAAAAUUCCCAUAUUAACCAAACUAAAUGGCCUAGGUUUUCACGGUAUGAUUUCUAUGCAAUUUCCCCUUUCUCGUUGAGCGUGCAAAGGCUUGCCUCAUGCAAUUCCGAGUAUAUGCUCUGCUGGAAAUUCGGUAAUUGAGAUGCACUGACUGAAUAAAGUGUCACUUUCUCAGCAAAAGGGCUCAAUAGAGUAAGAAAAUCUCCACAUUUGCCUGUGGUUUCGACAGCAUGGCCAGACAGGAAAGCUACACCAAUGCAUUAAAGGAUUAUUAAUCUCCAGCUGUGCUCGAGGUGACGACCUUAGCAGGAUGUCCUGCACAUGGAAGAUCCAUCUCCUUGCUGUGAGGGUGGCUCCGUCAUCUGCCCUUCAUCUCAAGCUCCACGUAAUGCCACGUCACGUUACCCGGGCCCCAUGCAUAUUUGGACACCACUUGUUAUCUGAGCCCCGGCUCGUACAAAACUGUCCUCCAGUGUGACCGUUUGCACACAAAGCUGCAUUGUGAAGUCUCUUUGUUUUGACAGGCGGUCAGCAUGGCUUGCCGUGGCUGGUUUGUAAGGGGGUCAUUUACCAGUUUUCCGAUAGUUUGCAUAAGUGAAGUUUUAUUUGAUUCAAAAUUGUUCAGAAAAUUUGUGUGACAUUUUCAGAGUUUAUGCCCCCUUGCAAAUAACUUAACCUACCCACGACCGAGAUAUAUAUGUGUAUAUAUUUUAAAUUUAUACGUCGAUGUUAUUUUUGUGAAUCACUACAUUUAGGUUGCAGCGAAUGAGAAGUAAGUUUAAAAUAACAAUCAUGUGAUGAAUUCCAUCCAUUUACGGACAUUUAUUAUCAGGAAGCUUGUCAUGAAAGCCUACUUAGGAUAAUGGGUAGUUACAUAAUUUUAACCAAUAAAAUGUUUCGAAUUUUUAUUCGAAUUUGUUUUUUUUAGUUAUCGACUACUUUUUUAUGGGAACACAGAGAUUGGUUUAAUUUUUGUUAUGGCGGCCACCAGGUGAUUUGUUUGAUGUCCGGCUACUCAUAUUAAUGACUCUAUCAUAUCAUUUUCAUGAACAGGCUGUCAAAGUAUUAAUUUCACAGCCAAAAAGUCCAAAAUGUUAUUCGAACCCAAAAGUAUAAUUAAUAAUGACCUCUAUUUACUCAGGAAAGCCUUGGUGAGUCUGAAGACCUUCAUGUUGGUUCUGUAUGGGGAUACUUGGCCAAUUCCAUGAAUGAGAGGUUAUACAUAAAUUCCCCCAAUUAUUUGAAAGAUAAUUAACUAAUUGAGAUAAUGCAUGUGAUUCCCAAAACCCUACCUCAGAUCACACUGUACUUGCAGUCCUGACGCCACGAGGCUCUGUUAUGCUAAACCAUGCCUGAACACGGUAUGUAUGCUUCUCUACACCCACCUGAAUUCCCCGUGAAUUCAGCUGCUCUGUCUGUUUUAGUAAAUGCCUGCCAAGCUAUGCUAAAGAAAAAGGCCACUUCUAAACUUACAUGGCUUGAAUACAAAUAUUUCCACUCUCCUGCUCUGUGAAAUGAAUGAGCAGUUUGUGAUAAUUGAAAUAACAUUAUUAAUCCAUAAUAUGGUUUGUUUUUGUUAUAGACAUUUAUAUUUCUGGUCUAGAGCAAUAAAGCAGUGUUAAGGAAAGUUAGUCACGUGCCCUUCAUCUUUAGAAUUUGUAGUAAUGGUAAUUUUCCAUAUCACUUCGUGUUAUGACAGUGCUUUGUGGGAGUUAGUAAGUCACCAAAUCAUAUGUUAAAUAAUGCUUUGACAACAUCUGCAUUUUGAUUGGACUUGGCCAAGGAGGGUGAACACUGGCAGUCUUAUUUAUGUCCAUCGCUGCGUCUUUCGAGUGGCAAAACGUCCAAUGUUUGGUGACCUCCAGUCAGUCUUCUACUAGAAUUGUCUUAGAGUGUUCCCCCCAUCACCAUCCUUUGUAGCUGGUGACCAACCAUCCUGAUAGCGUAAUUCGUAAUAUUUUAAUUAGUGGUGGGAACUGGCAGAAUAUAUUAUUAUUCAGCCUUUUUUAUUAGGAAAGGCACUUUUUUUUCUUGAGGGUGUUGUCAAUGUUUUCACAGUAGGGGGCAAUGUUGCUACGUAAAAUUUAAAUUAAGUAAUUUGAAGGUAUUUUUUUCAGAAUUGGAAUGUAUUGGCCAAUACAGGUGUCAGUCGGUUCACAAGUAAAAGGAAAUGUAAUUAAUCGGAAUGAAUGGCUGUUCCCAAUUAAUUUAGUACAAAUAAUUAGGGAUGUGUUUCGGACACAUCAUUCCAACUCGACUCAUAACCUAAAAAUGUAUACCUA